AUGCGAUUGAAAGACGGCUAUGUGAUUCCUAGAAAAUAUGCUCCUGAUAUCGCUCGGAAGUAUCAUUACUUCUACGGUCACUCGGACAGCAAGCAGACUACUGCAUGCAUCUCCAAGCACUUUUAUAUAUUUGGGUUGGCCAAGGCUGUCCAGAAGGUCAUUAGCCGGUGUAUUUGCCAGUAUACCCGUGCCAGGAGGGGGACCGACAGGCCUGUCGCAACUUCCCUUGGUGGUGCUAUGGUUCCGAUGGACUGUGUCUUCAUCGACGUCGUUGGUCCCCUACCCUUGUCAGCCAAGCAUCCCUACCGGUUUGUAUUAAGCUGUAUGGAUGCAGCUAGUCGACAUAUCUGGUUUUUUGCUAUUAGCUCCAGUACUUCUCAGUCUCUCAUCGAUACCCUCGAGAGUAGACUAAUCUAUCCCUAUGGUUGCAUGCGUAGCUUGCGUAUGGAUAAUGCUCCAUCAUUCAGGUCAACAACCUUCCGUGGAUGGUGCUAUUCUAGGGGUAUCGUCCCAACCUAUGUACCGUCAUUUGCUCCCCAUCGCAAUUCUCUGUUGGAACGACAGCAUGGUGUCUUGAAGAAGGUGCUCAAGGUUCUGUGUGCUGGCGACACUGACCUGUGGCCCCAAUUCCUACCUGUUGCGAUGGCUCGAUGCAAUUCUCGGUGCUUGGGUGACACCUCUACUACCCCUUUUGAAUUGUUCUACGGUCGCCCUUGUUGCUCUCCGUGGAGCGAUAGGUUCUGUGACCUCCGCUCGGGUAUCUCUGAUGACUCCGUCAAGUUCGAGGCUGACCGGCGUUUGAGGCGAAGGAAUGCCCAACUCAAAGAUAUCAUCGCUCUUCUAGACAAGGCCGAAGCUGAUAGCUUCCUCCGAACCCCUACUACCAACCCCAUUAACAAUCGUCGUCAGUUCAAGAAAG